GUUUUUUUUGACGUUUUAUAGGUUUUUUACAUGAUACCCAUGCCGAUAUAAUUGCCAAUAAGUUGAUGUUAGGGAUCAUUGCAAGUGGUCGUAGCACAGUGAUCAAUACUGGUAGAUUUAGCGCGUAUCUUGUUGAACUUCCAGUUUCCUAUCACCAAUCGAACCUCUUAUUUCCAGCGGAAUGGCAGUGACCUUCCCUUAUAUUCGAACAUCACAGAAGGUGUGAAUCUCAUAGGAAAUGUUAUCGAAGGGAAUGCUGAUUCUCCAAAUCAACCAUUCUACGGUUCGCUCGUGUACCAGUCUCGGCAUCUGUUGGGGUACCAGAUACGAGCGUUCAUGGAUGGACCUACUGUCCCAUGCGCUAUUGAACAGUUGGAGUCUUCGCUAAGAGACAGAAUGUUCUGGAGGUUCAUCAAGAAAAUUGUUGACCUUUACCAGAGGUAUCUAUACCAUCUACCUCCUUAUACUCUGGAGGAACUGGUGGUUCCAGGGGUGGAAAUUGAAGGAAUUAACAUCGAAGCACUGACCAGGAAUAUCGAGUUUUUCAAAAUAGACUUAGUCAACGCUGUGAAUCACACUGAGAAUGAGACGUUUGGUGAUUUCCAAGUACACCUAAAUCAGAUGCGACCUAGAACCGACAACUUUACGUAUAGCAUUUACGUUCAGUCAGAAGCUAGCAAAAAAAUGUGCUUUAAGGUCUUCAUUGGACCAUCAUGCAACCCUAGACAAGUACCUGUAAGGUUGUCUCAGCAUCGACUACAUAUGUUUCAUCUAGACAGGUUCACAUACCAUCUACAAGAAGGGAAUAACACUAUAGUAAGGAACAUCACCGACUCUCCUUACUUCACAUCAGAUGAUAGAAUGUUCAGUGACACAUAUCGGGAUAUACUCAGUGCAAAAGCUGGCAAUACUACUUAUAAGAUGGAGACGUUUGAUUUGAACAGCACCUAUGCCUGGCCUCUAAGGUUUGCUCUACCAUUGGGCACCCCCGAUGGUUUUCCAUACAGAUUCUUCGUGGUAGCUUUCCAGGAAAAUGUUGAUGAGGAAGAACCCCGUUCAUUGUUGUAUCCUUUCGAUAGGCAGAUAAAAAACGAGAAAAUGUUUUUCAAGGUGCCAAAUUUUUAUUCACAUGUUGCUCCAGUAUAUUAUAAGGGAUAUUAGGCAGAUAAUUUGUGACACUGGAGUAUAAGUAAAUUUGUUUCAAAAUCA